UUAUUAUUAUUAUUAUUAUUAUUGUUGUUGUUGUUGUUGUUGUUGUUGUUGUUGUUGUUGUUGUUGUCGUUAUUGUUAUCUAAUAUCUCUUGAUCUCUCAUCCUCUUCCUCCUCCUCCUCCCUAGUGUUUUUGUUCUAAUUCUCCUCAUCCUCCUCUUGCUUUUGUGUUGUUCUUCUCCUCCUCCUAUGCUUGUUCUUGUUGUUGUCCUUCCUAUCCUGAUAUCGUUCUUGUUCUUCCUCUCCUAUUUUUGCUCUCCUCCUCCUCCUACUCUUGUUCUUGUUCCUGUUCUCCAACUCCUACUUUUGUUCCAUUUUCCUCAUAUAAUUCUCUUCCUCCUUCAUAUACUUGAUCUCCUGCUUUUGUUAUCGUUCUUCUACUCCUCUUGCCCUUCACAGCGCCAUAUGAUCCCGUUGCUGUGGCGCACUACUUCCAUCAACAAAGCAGCAGCCCCCCACUUGUCCUUAUAGCCCUGUCCCACAGAACUAUGGAUGAAAUACGAAUGAAUCGAGGAUGCCAAUUUUGCUGGGUUCCAGCCGUCCGCAAACAACCGCAGCAAAAAUGCACUUUUUUCCGCAAUACUGUGCGGAUAUGAACCGUAUGUAUUGAGAAUGUGUCGCUGAUGUAUUACGAACAAAAGCGAAAAGCAUUGCGAAAGCCGUCCGAGGGUGAAAAAUACCGUUAUAUCAGGCCGGAUGUAUUGCGAGUAUUGCGGGUAUAAAACGGAUACAAUGUGGAAAAAUAGCGUAUUUUUUGCGUAUGUAUUGCGAAAGCAGAGCGGACGCAUUGCAAACAAAGCGACAGAAUAGCGAACGCGUCGCGGAAGCAUGGGUGAUGUAGAGCGGAUGUAUCCCGGAGACGGCGGAUGCACUGCGCAUGUGCGGCGUUUGUGUUGCGGAGGUUAAAACAGGACGGGCGCUCCGUUUCUAACCAGUACGCCAACCAGCUUGGAAGGAAGAUUGUGUACACCUAACCUCUCAAGAUGCCACAGAAGAAGCCAGCCGAGAUGUCCCAGAAGUCCACCAUCAAGAAGAGGGCGACGCCCUUGGAUUUUGGGUCAACUGUUGCUCCUACCCCAGCCCCUACUCUGAAGCCACUCAAGAAAAUGAAGAAGCAGCGUGCAACUCUAGUUCCAGAGGACGAGCCCGCCCCCCCCCCAGGACCAAGCAGCCAUGCAGCUUGCAGCCAGGGACCAGCCACCUCCACCCAGGGACCAGCCUUCUCCAGCCUGGGAAUCUCCCGAAGACGAGUCUCCUUCACGCAGCGACGACCGUGAAGAGCCUCCUUCAGCCAUGGACGGCCCAGAAGUCCAGUCUCCUCCAGCCAAGGAGCCUGGUGACCAGCAGGAAGAAGACUCCGCCCCUGACGAUCCUCCCUUCCAGCUCUCCCAAGCCACUGGCAAGGGCAGUUGCAAGUCCAAGAAGCCCCGGAAGAACUUCCAGCUGACGCCAGAGCAGGAGGACAAUCUUCUGGAAUGGUUGAGGGAAAAUGAGCUCCUCUGGCGCCAGGGGCACAUGCAAUUCAAGGACGUCCAGAAGAAGAGGAGCCUGUGGGAGAAGAAGGCGCAGGAAUUUGGCCUUACAACUGAGCAUAUCCAGGGAUGGUGGAGGGGAAUGCACACCUGGUUCGUGAAGCUGCACAAAGUCAAGAGUGGGCAGGCGACGAAGAAGCUGACCGACCGAGAGAUGUACGUCAUGCAGAAGUGCAGCUUCUACGAGGGACAGCUACGGCACCGGUCCACAGCGCCACUAAAACCGCUUGCUCGGGACGUGGAGGCAGACGCUCUAGGACAGCUGUCGGAUGUUGGUGCCUCGGAUGCUGGUGAUGGACCUGCUGGUGAUGGUGCUGCUGGUGCUGGCCUGCCACUAGACCCCGAUUCGGGGCAGGACCAGCUUCUCUUCCAGCUUAAGAGGGGCGCUGUCAAGCUGCUCAGGACUCCCAAGCGCCCAGCUGUCGGCACCACGAGGAGGACUGCCAUGGAGGUGGAAGAAGUGCUAAAGGACAUCCGGGACAACAUGAAAGUCAGCACUGAACUGCUGUCUCAGCUAGUGCACAAGGGUAACCAGGGACCCAGGGAGCCCUUCAUCACAUACCUGUCAGAGAGUUUGAGGACACUCCCCGGGGAUCAGUACCAGGUGGUGAUGAAGCAUUUCACGUCUUUCCUCCACAAUCUUCCUCAUCCUGCAGCAACUCCCGUGCAGCACUAGUGGCAGUAUUCACAGCCACUGCAGUACCCAUUCAGCCAGCCCCAGAACUACUCGCAGCAGCAGUACCCCCUCCAAACACCAACCUUUCAGCAGGCACCCAGCACCACCUCCCUCCAGACAACCCAGGAGUCGACGCAGCCCCAGUACACGCUGAUGACACGGUCGACAAGCACCCCAUCUACCAGCAGUGCCCCAGGAGUUGCCUCUACCCCCGUAUCUUCAGCCCUGGCCAGUGCCCACGACGUGCUGAAUAUGACGCUAAGGAGCAUCAACCUCAGUGGUUUAGCUGAUGUCGGCAAUAGCUCCUUCAGAUCCAUUGGGAACCUCAAUACACCCAGACUUGCCACCCGCCGGGGAGAUGGAGCACUGGAGUAGUGUCAGCAAAUGCAUUUUUCCAUUUUAAAUGUAUUUUCUGCUGUAAUUAUAUUUCAUUUUAUUAAUAAAGAUGUAUUUUUUCCUUUUCAA